UAAUUGAUCAUGUUUGAUAAGGCCUGACGUAAAGAUUGUUUUGAGGAGAGACGAAAUGUUUUGUAAUCAAAUGGAUUGUUCGAUCAUUAAAAUAUUUGCUGUAGGAUAGAGAAAUAAAAAUAAACUGAGCAUUUUUUGCGGGACAAAUGGUGUUCUUUUUUGGAAUCCUCAUCGCGUAAAACAAUGACGCCUUUGCUUUCGAAAAACAACAUAUUUUGUCGCAUGUUUAUUUUCAUUUUUCAAAUUCCUCAAAGCAACCUUGACUACAAGUGAAAGAAGGCCUUUUCCAACCAAAGAAAAAACAGAUUUAAGCGAAAAAUAUAGCCCUACUCAAGAUGGAGUUAGUGUCAUGUUACCGGGACCGGAUGAUUGAGUUCUCCGAGGCUAUGGCACAGUGGUAUCGCUGCUUCCAGACCACCCGUAGGGGGCGCAAAGAACCACAUAGUGAUUUCUGGGGGUACGAUUUUCCCCGAUACCACAUGGACCGCUCACCGUACUGGAUACUGCACCUGCUGGAUUGCGCUGCACCUCCCCCUGCAGCUAUUCCACGGCUAGAACAGGCUGGAGUAGACCCCUCCGAGCUUCUAAGUAGUGAUGGAGAGAGUGUUCUGAUGGUGACUGAUGCCUCUGGCCUGCCCCUGGGCUUUGACGUGCUGGCCGGUGGCUGGGCGGGGUCGCUGGGCGGGGGCGAGGCGGCGGGUGGAGAUGGGAAGGGGGCCCUGGAGACCAUCCAGAAGAUGGUAGGACUGCUGAGACACUGCAUGGAGGCCCCCAUGACUGGCGGGUUGCCUCGGAGACCACAUAUGCUCCACGUCAAUGACAAGAAGCUUCACAGUGACUGGGAGGAGUGUUUUUACACCAUGGUAAGUAGCGAAGGUCGGAGGCCAGGCAUGCUGAAGACUUCUCCUCCACCUGUCCAACCUCCGUGGCGCCAGUCCCAGGGCCUGGGCCAGAACAUCAUUCAGAAUUGGAUGAGGCCUUCUCAGACCUGUCACACACUGGAGGAUUAG